UUUUUUUUUUUCUGUUUUUUUUUUUCUCUGCCAAUGGAAAACAAAUUGCAGUGGAUGACCAUUUGAAUGUUGUUUCUGUGGUUUUGAUUCAAAGUGUGCUGUAAAAAAAAAGUCAGAGGUCAGUGUUGUGGGUAGGAAACUGCUUUAGCCACACGUGAAGUGCACGUGUCACGCUAACAUGUGCAUGCAAACAGAUCUCACUUUUACACCCCAGCACCUCUCACUCUAUAAUAAGCAGUUUCUUCCUGCCUCUCAUGCAACAGGAAAUGAUGCAGCUCAUCAUCUCUGACAGCCAGAGUCACAUCCUCUCCUUAUAUGGACAGAGUCUGAGUCUGCGGUUCAAGGUUUGAUAGUGGUGAAAACAAGGCCUAAAAUGCUUUAUGGAUGAAAUCCAAAUAGUGAAUCUGUUAGUGGGCAAGAAAUACAUAUACACAAUAUAGCUGAAGUGCUUUUAUCUCUUUGAUCUAGUGUCUGGAUUGUGUGUAAUCUUUUUUUGGCGUACAUUAACAUUAACUUUGCAACAUUACUUAAAUUUAAGCAAUAUCUGAACAUGAGAUUUAUUUAAGGCUCUUUAAAUGAAGCAGUUGAGAUAUUGUGAGGUGGAAGUAUAUAUUUUUUUUAAAUAUCAUAUUAGAAGCUUGUGAAACAUUAAAUCUGUGUUUCAUAGCUAUCCUGGUUCACUGUAUAAAGAAAGAUUUGUCAAAUGAUGUUCAGUUUUGCAUGUAUUUUACUAAAGUGCUGCUCUUUGAACCAAUAUUCAUUUGUGAGCCAUUUGUUACAACAAAAAUUCACUCCUGUGCAGAAACUUUGUGUCUGCCUGUGUUUUCUGCAUCAAUAUAAAUAUGAAAAUGUUUAUGUUCAUGUUGUGUUGCAGUGCAAAAAUAGUCAUAGUCAUUGUGUCUCUGUCCUUGGUGCUGAAAUUACAAAUCUGUCCCAUUUUGAAUUUAAGGCCUAAACAAAUGCACACAGCACUGGUUGUCAUGGUUAAGAUUUAAGUCUCUUAAAUGUAUGGGGAAAAAGAUCCGCUAAAUUAAGCAUAUAUAUAUAUAUAUAUCUGUGAAGAGUCUCAUUUCCUGUUUUUGUUAAUUACAUAUGUACAUACAAAUGACAAUCACUGUUAUGUAUACUUUUAGUUAUGCAGCAGGCAGGUUUUUUUUUUGUUGUUUGUUUGUUUUUUUUUGCAGCAAGACGUGUGAGAACAGAAAGAGGUGUGAAAAUAGAAAUAGAGGACAGGUGUCAGUCUCAAGCAGAAACAUACAUGUUUACCAGCACUCAGAUCUGACCUAUCUGCCAACUUCAGAAUGUAACUAACAACAGCAAUCAUCCCUUAACUUCCAAAAGCAACUCUUGUAACAAACAAAAGAAAGAAGAAGAAAAAAAAAAUUAUAUAUAUAUAUUCUAUAUAUAUAUAUAUAUAUAUAUAUUUACACACACAUAUGUAUGUAUCUAUAUAUAGUAUAUAUCAAUAAAAGGUAUUUAAUUUGUGAAAAUAGCUAAAUAAAUAUCUAUUAAUAUUUUAUAGUCUUCCUUAUUAUUUCCAUGUUUUAAAUUUAAUUAUCAAUUUUUUGAAAAAAUAAAAAAGUAUAACUCCACCAUCCAGUUGAUUGGCUGCUGUCCCAGAAGUGGUUUCCGCUCAAUUCAAAACCCUUCUCAAGUGACCAAUCAGCUUUUACAGCCGUGAAUAAAUAAGACUGAAGUGCAUAUUGUGUCUCAUUUGUUUGAAGCGGAGAUUGAAGGACACAUGAUUUUAUGAGUCUACUGAUCUACUUCUAUUACUUACUGGGGAUAAUUUUGGAAUUUGACUGAUCAUGAGAUAUUACUUCAUUCUUUUGCUUUCCUCAACAAUAUUCUGCUUUACUGAUGUGGACGUUGUUCAGGAUGAUAUAAAAAUAGUUCAAGCUGGAGAGGAUGUGAAUCUUACUUGCAACUUUUCAGAGCUUCUGGACUCAACAGUGUGGUUUAAACAGACGGCUGAAAGAAAAUCUUUCCAAAUUGUGUCUUUAUAUUUAAAUCAACAACCCAGUUGGAAUAAGGACUUUGAGAAAAUGAAUCGCUUUAAUGUUAUAGGAGGAGAUGGUCAUUUUAAUCUGACCAUUUUAAAUACAAACCCUUCAGACUCAGCAACAUAUUACUGUGUAGUAACAUCAUAUUACAGCAUUGGAAUGGGUGCAGGAACUAGAUUACUUGUCAGAGAUGCAGCCGUAGCACAAAUAACUCUUCAGCAGUCUUUGAUAGACACGCUUCAUCCAGGGGAUUCUGUGAAUUUGCAGUGCAGCAUCUUCACUGAGAGUUGUGCAGGAGAACACAGCGUCUACUGGUUCAGACAAAGCUCAGGAGACUCUCAAGGAGUCCUUUACACCAAAGGAGAGAGAAAUGGUCAGUGUAAUAAGAGCAGCGAGUCUCAAACGCAGAGCUGCGUCUACAAUCUCCUCAAGAGCAACAUCAGUCACUCUGACACUGGGAUUUACUACUGCGCUGUGGCCGCAUGUGGAGAGAUACUGUUUGGAAAAGGAACUCAACUAAAUUAUAGAGAGAGUGAUGUGAAUACAAAUCUGCUUGUUCUUGGGAUUUCAAACAUCAUAUUUUUGACUUUAACUGUUUUUCUGGCCAUUAAAGUAUGCCAGAAUCUGUGUAAAGAGAGUCAAGCUGAAGACAUUCUGAGUUAUGCAGCUCACAAUCCUUUAACUGAAAAUGGACUCAAAGUAAAGAUUUCUCAAGAACAAACUCUUGUGAUAUACAGCAUGUAUAGUGAAAGAAUGCCUCUAAUAGCAAAACAGAAGUAACAGUUUCCUACUCAAGCCUAAAUGCUGCAUGAGUUUAUGAGGUAAAACAUGCUUUACUGUAUAUUUUCAGUACUGCUUUGUAACAGUGUAGAGUAUUCAUACCAGAUUUGUAAAAAUUAAUGUCACAUUGCAAUUCUUUUUCAUAUAUUUUAUAAUGUCAUUACCUUUUUCAUCAUGCUAUUUGAGUUUUACAUAUAGUUAGUUGCAUGUACAUAUGGCCAUUUGUAUAGAACAGAAACCAGACCACACAUUUUUGUUCAAUUGUUUACUUAAAUUGUAUUGUGUUAAGAUGAUCAUUUCUCAAAGCACUAGCCACAAAUUCCUUGUUUGUUUGACAUGAUUUUUAAUGUACAAAGUAAUUUUGCAUAAAUGGUGUUAUAUGUAAAAUGAUGCAUGUUCUGUGAUCUACAUAUAUUCCUAUUUCCCCUCAAAAUGUAACAAUAUAAUAUAGGAGUGGCUUCACAUUUAUGUUGUGCAAGUAAAUAAUCAAAACAAAGUCUGCUUUAUCCA